GUGAGGGGCAGCCUUUUGAAUGGGGUCCUUUAAUUGACGCCGUCUUCCUGUUACCGAGUGAUGAGGUCACUGUUUGGGCACAGCAGUGUAUGAUGGGCUCGAGAAGGUUUCGACUCUUCCUUAAGCACCCUAUAUUUCUGCACCCGAACACUCAGCUAUACGAUAUCCUUAAUAGAGCCAACAUGCUGUCCAGACUAUUUCGCAUGCAUGGGCAGUUUGUGGCCUCUCAUCCCUGGGAGGUCAUCGUUGGGACUGUGACUCUCACAAUCUGCAUGAUGUCAAUGAACAUGUUCACUGGGAAUGACAAAAUCUGUGGCUGGAAUUAUGCUUGCCCCAAGUUUGAAGAAGAUGUUCUGAGCAGUGACAUCAUCAUCCUGACAAUCACAAGAUGCAUCGCCAUCCUUUACAUUUAUUUCCAGUUCCAGAACCUCAGACAGCUCGGCUCAAAAUACAUUUUAGGGAUUGCUGGGCUUUUCACCAUCUUCUCAAGCUUUGUUUUUAGCACAGUGGUUAUUCACUUCCUGGAUAAAGAACUGACAGGCCUAAACGAAGCUCUUCCAUUUUUCCUGCUUUUGAUCGAUCUUUCCAAGGCUAGUGCUUUAGCCAAAUUUGCUCUAAGUUCCAACUCACAGGAUGAAGUCCGAGACAAUAUUGCCCGUGGCAUGGCAAUUCUAGGACCUACCUUUACCCUUGAUGCGCUUGUAGAAUGUCUUGUGAUUGGAGUCGGUACAAUGUCAGGUGUGCGGCAGUUAGAAAUCAUGUGUUGCUUCGGCUGCAUGUCUGUCCUUGCCAAUUAUUUUGCCUUCAUGACCUUCUUUCCAGCUUGUGUUUCAUUAGUGUUAGAGCUUUCUAGAGAGAGCCGAGAGGGCCGUCCAAUCUGGCAGCUUGGUCAGUUUUCUAGUGUACUAGAAGAAGAGGAGGAUAAUAAACCAAAUCCUGUUACUCAGAGAGUGAAAAUGAUUAUGUCUCUGGGGUUGGUCCUGGUUCAUGCUCAUAGUCGGUGGAUAAGUGAACCCUUUUCCCAAAACAACACUUCAAUCAGUGACCAUGAAGUUACCACCAUGCUGGAUGAUAUGAUGCCAAAGAGAGUUGAGCCUAGCAUGCCUCUCUGGCAGUUCUAUCUUUCUAGAAUGGUGACCAUGGAUGUAGAACAGAUCAUUACUCUUGGUCUUGCUCUCCUCCUUGCCGUGAAGUACAUAUUCUUUGAGCAAACAGAGACAGAAUCAACCUUCUCUAUGAAGAACCCGAUAAUCUCCCCCGUAGCGGUGCAAAAGAAGCAAGUAGAGAGUUGCUACAGACGGGAACAGGAAAAACCAGUCAACGUUUCCACAACAGAAGAAGCUUCAUCAAAGGCGGAAAAGGAGGCAGUUAUAAAGCCAUUACCCCUUGAGACAUCACCCAAAGCCAAGUUUAUAGUGGGAGAUUCUUCUCCAAUAGAAUUGUCUCCAGAGGAUAAAAAUUCCAUGUUUAAUCUACCAGAGGAACCGCGUCCACUUGAGGAAUGUGUUCGUAUUCUUAAGAAUCCAGAUAAAGGAGCACAGUAUCUGACUGAUGCAGAAGUCAUUAGCCUUGUGAAUGCCAAGCAUAUCCCUGCCUAUAAACUGGAAACCAUGAUGGAAUCCCCCGAGAGGGGUGUGGCUGUUCGCAGGCAAAUGUUAGCUGAUAAGCUCCCCCAACCAUCAGCACUGCAGAGUUUGCCUUAUAAGAACUACAACUACUCUUUAGUAAUGGGUGCUUGUUGCGAGAAUGUCAUCGGGUACAUGCCCAUCCCUGUAGGUGUAGCCGGACCUCUCUUGCUGAACAACAAAGAGUAUCAGGUGCCCAUGGCAACGACUGAAGGGUGUCUUGUGGCCAGCACAAACAGAGGCUGCAGAGCCAUAAUGCUGGGAGGAGGUGCCAGAAGUCGUGUUCUGGCUGAUGGGAUGACUCGUGGUCCCGUUGUUAGGUUACCAACUGCCUGUGAUGCAGCAGAAGUAAAGGCCUGGCUAGACAGUACAGAGGGAUUCAAAGUCAUAAAGGAUGCUUUUGAUAGCACAAGCAGAUUUGCUCGACUCGGGAGACUACAAACCAGUGUUGCUGGAAGGAACCUGUACAUCCGUUUCCAGUCUAAAACAGGAGAUGCCAUGGGAAUGAACAUGAUUUCAAAAGGCACUGAAAAGGCUCUUGCUAGACUACAAGAAGAGUUCCCUGAUCUCCAUGUUUUAGCUGUCAGUGGCAACUACUGUACGGAUAAGAAGCCGGCUGCUAUUAACUGGAUAGAGGGUAGAGGAAAGUCUGUGGUUUGUGAGGCCAUCAUUCCAGCCAAAGUUGUACGGGAGGUUCUAAAGAGCUCAACAGAAGCAUUAGUUGAAGUGAAUAUCAAUAAGAAUUUGAUUGGUUCUGCUAUGGCGGGAAGCAUUGGAGGCUACAAUGCACAUGCUGCAAACAUUGUGACGGCCAUUUACAUUGCUUGCGGACAGGAUGCUGCUCAGAAUGUCGGGAGCUCCAACUGCAUCACAAUAAUGGAGGCUACUGGUCCUAUGAAUGAAGAUUUGUACAUCAGCUGCACAAUGCCCUCUAUAGAAAUUGGAACAGUAGGAGGUGGAACCACCUUGGCUCCCCAGCAAGCUUGCUUACAGAUGCUGGGGGUGCAAGGAGCAAGUACAGAGGCACCAGGGAAAAAUGCCCGCCAGCUUGCUCAGAUAGUGUGUGGCACAGUAAUGGCCGGGGAGCUUUCACUAAUGGCAGCUUUGGCUGCGGGUCAUCUAGUCAAGAGUCACAUGAUCCAUAACAGGUCAAAAAUGAACCUUCAGGACCUGCCAGGCACAUGCACAAAGAAAGCUGCCUGAUCGGCCGCGGGAAGAGCUGAGAGUUAAAAUGAACUUGUCGGAGAAAUGGUGCUUUAUCACAUGACAACAAUAGGUGGCGCCACGUCUACCUGAGAAAGUAACUUGUCUCAUCUAGAAAUGGAUUCCCAGGCUGGAGGCCCACAGUGCAGCAACCUACUGUCUUUGUGAUUGGGCCCUAAGAGCCUCACAAUCACCAUGUUAAUCCAGUCAUUAAUUGAAUUUUAAAGGGCACCAAUCAUAACUGAAAUAAUUUAGUAAAUAAACUAUGUGAAAGUUCAAGAAAUCCGAUUUUUAAAACAGAAUUGUUUGUAUAAUGUAAAUGAUCAGCUCACUAUACGUUCUGCA